AUGUCACAUCGUCACACCAUCAUACCAUCACAAAACCGUCACACCAAUACACUCUCACCAUCGUCACAUAUUCACAACUUCACCAUCACGCUCUCGCCACUGUCAUACCGUCACACCUUCACCAUCACGCCCUCGCCACUGUCACAUCGUCACACCUUCACCAUCACGCCCUCGCCACUGACACACCGUCACACCUUCACCAUCACGCCCUCGCCACUGUCAUACCGUCACUCCUUCACCAUCACGCCCUCGCCACUGUUAUACCGCCACACCUUCACCAUCACGCCCUCGCCACUGUCACAUCAUCCUUCACCAUCACGCCCUCGCACUGUCACAUCGUCACACCUUCACCAUCACGCCCUCGCCACUGUCACAUCGUCACACCUUCACCAUCACGCCCUCGCCACUGUCACACCGUCACACCUUCACCAUCACGCCCUCGCCACUGUCACAUCAUCCCUUUCACCAUCACGCCCUCGCCACUGUCACAUCGUCAUACCUUCACCAUCACGCCCUCGCCACUGUCACACCGUCACACCUUCACCAUCACGCCCUCGCCACUGCCACACCGUCACACCUUCACCAUCACGCCCUCGCCACUGUCACCGUCACACCUUCACCAUCACGCCCUCGCCACUGUCACACCGUCACACCUUCACCAUCACGCCCUCGCCACUGCCAUAUCGUCACACCUUCACCAUCACGUCCUCGCCACUGUCACAUCGUCUUCACCAUCACGCCCUGUACUGUCACAUCGUCACACCUUUACCAUCACGCCCUCGCCACUGUCACAUCGUCACACCUUCACCAUCACGCCCUCGCCACUGUCACAGCGUCACACCUUCACCAUCGUCACAAACAAGUGUCUCUCAUGUUCACCAAUCAUUAUUUUAUUGA